UUCAGACUCGCCAAAACCGGGUGGCAUCUCUGCACAACCUAAAAAAACAAGUUGGCAGUAGAAAUACGAGAACUUAAAAAAAACAAACAAUUUCAUUUGCUUCACGUGUUGCUUUUUAAAAACAAACCAAAAGUGCUUUUUGCCAAUAAACUUUGGCCCUUUUAUGCAUCUAUAAACGAACAUCAUCUAAUCAAAAAGAAAGCAAGAUGUCUGAGCCAUCUCCAGACGCUAAACCAAAUAUAUUAAUAACUGGAACUCCUGGAGCAGGCAAAUCUUACCUGUGCGAACGUCUGGCCUCCCAACUGAAGUUCGAGUGGCUGGACUGCUCGAAAAUUGCCAAGGAAAACAAUUUUGUAGAGGAAUACGACGACGAAUACGACUGCCCCGUUCUGGAUGAAGAAAAACUGUUGGAUCACCUGGAGCCCCUGAUGGCCAAGGGCGGCAACAUCGUGGAGUAUCAUGGCUGUGAGUUCUUUCCAGAGCGCUGGUUUCAAGCCGUCUUUGUGGUUACCUGCCCCAACACAACCCUUUACGAUCGUCUAAAGGAACGCAAUUAUAACGAAAAGAAACUAACGUCCAAUGUUCAGUGCGAAAUCUUUGGAACCAUUUUGGAAGAAGCCCGAGAUUCCUACAAAUCGGAUAUAGUAUUUCAACUCAAGGGGGAAACGAAAGCUGAUGCCCAUAUGAGUCUGAAAACUGUAAAAAACUGGUAUCGUAUGUGGAAAAGAAAAUAAAAAUCGGAUUAGUUAGUUUGUUAUAAUCCUAUGUAUACAAA